UUUUCCAUCACGCAGCACACUUUUCAAGAAUGCCAGUCGAGCAACCCAACAUUAUCGCGCCCGAGACCGUCAACCAGCCGGCGCCCAACCAGGUGAAAACCAGCGCCAACGUUCUGCCCAUGGACACACAGCAGGGCAUGCAGUCCGACGUGAUGCGGCAACAAACGCCGACCCAGAUGCAAGCGCCGCCCACCCAGAUGCAGGCGCCCAUGUCGAACGUUGCGCCCAUGUCCACCGUCCCAAUGCCCAUGUCCACGUUGCCCGUGCAGCCGUGUGGCACCUCGCACGCCAUGGGAGCCUGCGGUGCCAUUGCCCCUGGCUCGUCGCUCAACACGGCACUCGAAUUCCGCAAGGCCGGCGCCGAGAUUGAGCUGAUUGGUGACUACCUCGCCUUGGUUGCCGCCGAGAGCAAGGGCCGUGCUAUCGGAGUCUUGGAGCACGACAACGCCAUCACGCGCAGCAAGGAAGAGCCCGCGCUGGGCAGGGCGAACGUCGACAAGUUCACCGAGCUCGAGCGCCUCAGCAAGAAGAUUUCGCGCCAGGGCCGCAAGCUCGCGUGGCUCAAGACGUCCUCGUUCUUCAACCACGCUGUGCGCUACGACCCCGCCGAUCCAGAGGCGGUCGAUGCAUCCCUGCCGCCGUGCACGCCCGAGAUGGUGCGCAUGGCAGGCACCACCAAGACCCUGCCCGGCCUCUCAAUGUUCCGCCCCUCGUUCAUUGGCAAGUCGGCAGACUCGCCACAGCUCCUCCAGACCAUUGGCCACGAAAUCGAAGCCAUUGGCAACUUUAUCAUUGUUGAAACCCAACGCCACCACACGCAGUCCGAGCUCGACAAGCGCCGCGCCAAGGAUCUCAAGGACAAGGACAUGUCGUCCGCCUGCAAGCACGAGAGCAAGCUCUGCCUCCAGUACGACAAGUAUGGCAAGAAGAUUGCGCGCCGCGGCACCGAGAUCGGCAACCUCAUGUUCCAAUGAAUGAAGCGUUCCGUUCUAUGUGUGUGACAGUGUGCGACCAGUUUAUUGGUUGAACUUGCAUGUUUUCGGCGAACGCCGCUCGUCGUUGUCGCAAUGAUAGAUUGUUCUGCGUUUCGUCGACCAAAAACUUCAUCUCGCACAUUUGCAAAGUUAACGCUCUCCCCUCAGCUUCUUCAGGGUGACUGUGUCGCGAAUGAUUCUCCUGUAUAUCUGGCCUUACUACCUCAAACUCGAGUACAAUGCCAACAAAAAC